UAUGUCUACAGUCUUAAGUCUACUUAGCAAGCAACCAUUUUGCCCUAAAAAUCAUUCAUAGUCCACUCAUUGACCGCUGUGCUGCUUUUGGGAAAAAGAUUUCAAAGUGAUUAUUAUGAACCAGAAUUAGUGUUUAUCUUGUACGUGCGAUUGCGUUAUUGAUUGUGAUCAUCUAAAUUCUACAAACCUCACGUUUCAAUUGUGAUGUUCUACUGUGGAUAGUGGUAUGGUGAAUUUGGAGCUUUUACAACAUGUCGAAAGAAAAGGAAAUCGCGGAGGAAUAUGCGUCGAGUUUGGCGGAUCUAACGGUGAACAGCAAGCCUUUGAUAAAUAUGCUCACAAUACUCGCAGAAGAGAAUGUCGAGCAUGCAGGGGUUAUCGUUGACACGGUGGAGAAGCACUUGGAGAAGGUGCACUCCGACAUCAAGCUGCCAUUACUGUAUUUAGUUGAUUCUAUUAUCAAGAAUGUUGGGGCGGCUUACACACAGAAGUUCUCGCAGAUAAUCGUCAAUAUGUUCACAAAAACCUUUAAACAGGUAGAUGAGAAAGUCAGGUCGCAGAUGUUCAAGCUUCGGGAGACUUGGCAUGAUGUGUUUCCGUCUACAAAGUUAUACCAGCUGGAUGUGAAAGUGAACCUCAUUGAUCCCGCUUGGCCCAUCCAGGCGCAGCCUCACCAGUCAAACAUCCAUGUAAAUCCAAAUUUUCUGAAAAAGCCUAGUCCCGUGGCAAGUUCAUCUACUCUAACAGAAGAAGAAGAGCGCAUGCGCAAUAUACUCGCAAAGAAGGAGCAAGAGCUGCUGAUGCUCCAGAGGAAGAAGGUGGAGAUGGAAUUGGAACAAACAAGACGGCAAUUGGAACUGGCAGAAAAAACUGCUAAAAAGACACCGCCCGCUCCCAGUGCAAUGCCAGUAGCGCUGGUGAAUCCUGUGGUUGCUCCAGUACAAGCUGUAAUACCAGAAAUGGCGCCACCAGUCUCCAUUAAACAGCGCUUGGGACCGCCGGUGAUGAAAUCCAACGCUAAUCGUAUCACACCAGUAAGCGGUGCUCUCGCGGCUGCGCGAAGAGAUCCGAGGUUAGCGCGACGCCUCGCAACGGCCAAUCCCGCCCCAACAGCCAUCGCGUCCAACCACUUCGACAUUAAACCCCUCCAACGCGUCACAAAGCGGAAGAACGUCAUCACGAUAGACGUCCCGGAAGUACGCGAAAAUCGCAGACGAGACCCCCGCCUUGCGAGGCGCCCAAAACCAGACAGACAAGAUGAUAAAGGCGGAAACUAUGGUCGGCCUAAAAUAGACAGACACGAAAACAAGGUCGACAUCGACCAAACUCUCAGACUUCUCCCAGAUCCAAAGAAAAUCAGCAAACUACCCCCCAUACCCAAACUCAGCAGAAACGAUUCCAAACGCAAGAAGGAUAUCUCCCGGGAGAGGAAGAAGAGAAAAGAAGACUCCAAAGACAGUUCCAGUUCCCCAGAGAAGAGAGUGAAGGGAAAAGAGAAGAAGUUGAAACUCAAAGUUGACGAAGAGAAGCCUUCCGACGAGGUUAUAGCCUUCAAAGAAUUGAAGAAUUAUCACAAAGAGCGAUACAUGAGGCGAAACAAAGAGAAGUCGGAGAGUCCCGAGCGCCAAGAGAGAGUCCCGGAGAUUCCAGAAAUUCUAGAAGCAACAAAUGUACCCGAGGUCAUUACCGAAAAUAAAGAUGUAGACCUUCGUGUCUUGCAUCCGAUUAUAGAAGCAGCAGCUAUUACUCAAAAACGACCUUCAACAGAGGCUUUAGAAGGCAAAGUUAAGAAGAAUAAAUUAGAUAAGUUUGAUGUGCUCUUUGGAAACGAAGAUGUGGACCUAAGACAACUACCACAAGUUGACGAAAGCAAUGGUCCAACAGCGGUUGCUGAAAAGGAACUAAGCGAUAAUAAAGAUGACGAAGAUGUUGAUAUGAAAGAAGUAUCACCGUUGGGUUCUCCAAAGAAGGAUUGGAAUGAAGUUAAGGAGAAAGAAGCUACUAAGAAGACGCCGUCGAAGUUAGACCUCGUCAGAGCUAAAUUGGCUGAAGCGACGAGAAGCAAAGAUCGUUUAGGAAGGCCAUUGUUGUUCAGUAAAUCACCAAGUAUUGAGAAAGAAAGACGUCGCACCAUUAGUGUUGAGGAUCCCGAACCGCGUCCAGAAAGUGGUGAAGAAUUUGACGCUGAGGAUCACAAAAAGACCAUCUCCAUCAUCAUGAGUCAAGCCAAAGAGCAAUUUAACGACGGAAAACUAGACAAAAAUCAGUACAAUACUCUUAUGUAUCAAGUACUCCAACUGAACGAGAAGUUCAAACUGAAAGAGGCGAAACAACGCGAAUCCUUCGAGAUAUCCAAGAGAAAACUCCACGCUGCUAAUAUCCAGGAAGACAAGGUGCCAUCUCCGAAAUCAUCACCAUCUGAGAGAAAUAGAUACGGGGACAUCGACGAGAGAAUCACGUCCUUCGUUGAUAUUUCCGAUAAUAUGCACCAGGAUUCAGAUAUGAGAAACCACGAGGAAGAAAAUGAUAGGCCGGCAUUAUUACCAGCACCCCCGAUGAUGCCAAUGUACCCCAACAUGCCAUUCCCCUGGAGAGGAGCCCGGCCGAGAAUGGAAGACUUCGGACCUAGGCGUUUCAGAGGCCCUGUCCCACCAUAUUUCAGAGGAAAGUUUGAUAAGAGAGGACCCCGUUUUGACCCACGAAUGCCAAUGCCCCUACCCACUCCAAAACUCGGCAUGUGUCAAGGGGAGUGCCCAUUGCAGCCAUACACGCGAACAUCUUCACCGCCUCCUCUAGGGUUACCCGGGUACGAGGUGCCCCCCACCGACUUUAAGGUCAUAGAAUAUAUUGACCAGGAUCCCGUCAAAACUAUCCAAAUAGAUGGUAUCCCACGUGAAAUCAGAUUCUAUGAUGAAGUAGCUGUGAUUAUGCUGGACUGGGAUGACCCUCGCGAAAUUAAGUUUCUACCCGGGUCUAGACGGGUCACGUUUGAUAAUAAAGACUCCGUUGUGCUGUCCUUCAACGAAGGUUAUAAGCAGGUGGAAAUUGAUGACCAGGUUUUCGAUAUUCGAUUUGGAGCGCCAACAAGGGAAAUGUACUUAAACGGGAGAUGGUACGAGUGCUUCUUUGGAGGGCAACCGUUAGGGGUUAUAAUCGAUGGCAAACCUCACUUGGUGCAUCUGGAGGGGCCACUCCCACAAGUGGAUAUAGGGAAGGAGAAGAGAGUAGACCUGGUUGCGGGGAAGAUUAAUUUAAUUGUCAACGCGACUACAGUGUGUCCGGUGUAUUUAGAUGCUAAAGUGCAGAAGUUCCAAGUGAAUGGGAAGUUCUUUACGAUUCGAUUCGUGGAUUCACUACGUACAGUGCUCAUUAAUGAACAGCCCUUCAAAGUUGAGUUUGGGGAUCUUCCGAAGCCGAUACUGAUUAAUGGUGAAAAGUAUUUUGUGAGGUUUUCAGCGUUGCCCAAAUACAUUAAGCCUGGCCAGGUGAAAAUUGCAAAUAUGGAAGGAUUAUUGGCUUCCUCGGCACCUGCAAUUGAGAAUAAUGUGACACCGAUGGAUGUACCCAUUGAGAGACCUCAGAAAACACCCAGUCCCGAUAAUGAAAACAAAGGUCUUGACAUGCUAGCCAGUCUUAUGCCAACUAGCAUGGCCCCCGCUGCCAGCUCAGAAUACAGCUCAGCCGAACCGCUAUUCAUGAAACCAGAGAAAAUACCAGGUCUAGAAGCAGAAGAGAAACCGAACCCAGUACCACUCCUUGGGAACCUUAAUGUAAACGAUCUAUUCGCGAAGCUGGUGGCGACCGGUAUUGUAUCGGUUAUCAAUGAGCAGAAACCGGAAAAGAAAGUAGAUGAUAAACCCAAAAAGGAAGAUAGAAGUGUGAUACACCGAGUGGAUCUAUUGAAACCGCAGAGUUUGAGGAUUAAACAACCAGGAAUAGUUGCCAAGCUAUACGGAGGUAUGCAAUGCAGUGGAUGUGGUGCGAGAUUUCCUCCAGAACACACCGUCCGAUACUCGCAGCAUCUCGACUGGCAUUUCAGACAGAACAGAAGAGAAAGAGACUCGGCGAGAAGGGCUCACAGUCGGCAUUGGCAUUAUGAUCUGUCUGAUUGGGUUCAGUAUGAGGAGAUCGAGGAUUUGGAGGAGAGAGAAAAGAGCUGGUUCGAAACCGGUGGGGCUGAAGAGGGCGAGGUCCCGAUGGAGGUGGUCGAAGAGACUCCGAGCGUGGCUGCCGGCCUUCCAGCUGAACACAGCUGUUCCCUCUGCGGGGACAAGUUCGACCAGUUCUACAACGAAGACAAGGAGGAGUGGCAUCUGAGGAACUCUGUCAGGCAUGAAGAGAAGAAUUAUCAUCCCAUGUGCUUUGAGGAUUAUAAGGCUUCGCUAACAAAAGAAGAGCUCAAAGAUGAAUCUAUAUUAGAACUACCAGAGGAAACCAAGGAGAUGGAUGCUAUUGAGAUUGGUGAAGAAGAUUUAGAUGGAUCAGACAAUGAGUCUGUGGUUGAGGUUGUGGAACCUGCUAAGGAACCGGAGCCAGUUGAGAUCCAAGAAGUAGACGAUGGCGAUGAAGAUGACGUUCUCCUAAAAGUGGAGCCUGUAGAGCAGGUGGUGGUUGAAGAUGAUGCGGACACUGAUGAGGAGACCCAGGUGGAACGGACGAAAAGGGACGAAUUGGCUGCCAUUGACUUUGCUAAUAUCAAGAUUAAACAGGAACCUGUUGAUCCAGACGAUGAACCAAUAAUAACAGCGGAUUUAGAGACGCCGCCCGUUACCAUAGAAACCACUCACACAACUGUCACAUCCUCGAUUGAUGGCAAUGUGCAAUUGGACGACGCGACCGCUGCGCCUGCGCUGCCUAUAGGAGGAAUUAGGAUUAAUAUUAAUAAGGUAGUCACAUCAUUCAUCAGCCCACAAGAAGAUAAAAUGCUAGAAGACAUUAGCGCUGAUGAUGAACCUUUACCACCGGGAGAAGAACCCGAACUCGAAUACAAGCUUAAGCCAGAGCUAGAGAAUGUUCAGUUUAGCAGACAACCUCCAUUACAGCGUGGGAACGAAUUAUCAGGACUUUGCUCAAUCAUGUGAUGUGUGUGGCACGUGCAGACAUAUUUGUGUGUCUGAUAGUGAUGUGAAGUGAAGUGACUAGUGAAUUAUAUUGUGUCUGUGAUUUAGUAAAAGAAUGCAUCACAAAGUGAGGCACAUUUGUGUCUGUUUUAGGGACAUGUAAGUUUUAUAUAGUUUAAAAUUAGUAACUUACUGGACAGACGGACUUGUUUCUGUUUUCAGAAAA